UCUGGAGCAAUCCACAUCGGAGAAGAAGCGAAAGGAGUGGAAAGAGAAGAUCCCAAAUUGUGACACAAACCAAGGCAAUGUCAUCACUGUUGAAGGAGGAUCUCAACAAGAAGCUAUUCAAAACUCUAGGGCAAAAUUUGUAUGGGUUCAUUGAAAUUGAGUGUUCAGGCCAAGACCGGUUUUAUCUCUGUGCUUCAGUGUCAAAAGGUGAAGAAGUACAAAUAUCUAUGGUAAAACACUACAGAACUGGCCUUGAAGAGAAGUAUGAAAUAUCUGAAAAAUGGCUUCUAGAUGAUUUGGAGAUGAUAGAUGGAAAAGAGGCAGAUUCUGAUAAUCCAUGGUUCGAUUUGCAUUUCAAGCAAGUUUACACUUGGGAAGCUUACAGCUGUGCAUCUAAAUACGCCUUUGCAAGAAUAGUAAACCAGUUGAAUGAGAUGUACCUGCAAAAGGAUCUGAAGAUUGUGAACUUUGAUUUUACCUACAUUAAUGACGCAGCACUCUGGUCAUCAAAUAAUGGGGAUUGCUUAGUACUUAUGAGAAUCUGCUUUUACGCAUUCAAUCUUGUGUGUCUAUCUCUGUGCCCCCUGCCAGUUUGACGGUUGUAGCUACAUCCAGAUUUGAAUAUGGCUACCAAAAAGCUCGAUAUUCAGUACUAUAUCAGGGUUUCAAUUUUCAAAACAUUUUUAGCCAAUUGUUUUUUCAGUCCUGAUAAUCGGUUUAAGUACCAAUUUCCUGAAACCAAUGUUUUUCAGCAUUCACAAAGCAUGUUCAGGUUAACUGUAAGUUCCACUGAAUUUAUCUGGCUUGCUUCUCAGCAGCCAUUUAUUUAUUUCGGCUGCAAAGCUACAGAACACUCUGGUAUGUGUUACUUUUGUAUAUUAUUUCCCCGACUUUCCAAUAGAAGCCAUAAAGUCUUGCACAAAUUAUAUAAACCCUGUGUAACUAUGCACGCAGUGAAUUUCUGUGGAGUUUUGUUGCCUUUGCAAUAAUUUUUCUGUGGACUUUUGAAUAAAAACAUU